UCUUUUUUUCAUAACGGCACCAUUGCUGAAAUUAUUAUGUGGUGAACAAAUUAUUGAACAAAUACCCGGUGAUUUCAAUGAGAAUAGAUUGAAUUUGUGGCCGAAAACUCAAUGCAGCGAUCAAGAAAAUGGUCGGAAAUUCAUUGAUGAAACGGAUUGUACGGCAUAUAUUCAGUGUUGGAACAAUAAAUUAAUAUUGCAUUAUUGCGCUUCUGGAACAAAAUUUGACAUGGACGCACAAAAUUGUGUAGUCGGAAAAUGUCCACCAUGUCAUUGCUCUAUUGUAACUACAACACCUACUCCAACAACCACAACUGAUCCAACAACAACAGAUGAUCCAUACAAAACGUGCCAAAAUCAUGAACAUGGUUAUCGUUUUCCAAAUAAAGAUCAUUGCCGCUUAUUUUGGAUUUGUGUGGAAGGAACACCCGUACAACAAUUUUGCCAAAUUGGAAUGUGGUAUGACAGGGAAAAAUUUGUGUGCGAUUUUCCUAAAAAUGUACGCAAUUGUCCUGCUAACAAGGACUAAGUUUUUAAUACAGAAAGA